AUGCUUCAAACUCGGGGGGUCACCCCUGCGUACUUUGUGAUGACGUGCCUGUGUCCUGGGGUAUGGUUACUUUCCUGCAACUCUCUCUUCUCUCCCAUCUCUGGAGACAUGCCCAAGGACUUCAGCCUGGAAGUUGGAAAACCGUUGGCUUUGAGCUGCACCGUGAAGCCUGCCAAAUUCUCCCUGGGCAAGAACCGGACGUACGAGGCCAGUGGAAGCAAGCUAGCGCUGAAAUUCAACGGCAGCUAUGUACCCCAAGACAAGCUGAUCUACGAGGGCUCGUCAGUUCUGCUGCGCAAGGAGGAAGCCGAGUUGAACGACUCUGGAAGCUACUACUGCAUGCUCAAGUUCCCCGAUCACGCCUUUCACGUCUGCGCAACCCAGGUCACCGUUGGAGAGCUGCCGUUGCCCGUGGAAGACUUCAAGUGCAUCAGCUACCAUUACAAGAACCUGACGUGUUCAUGGAGAAAUCCGGACUCUAAUAUUAGAUCCAGCUAUGUCCUCAGUGCAAUAUUCGGGCCAAUCGGGUCACACCAGGGGUCGCCCCGCGAAUGCCCCAAAGCGAAAGAAUUGCGGACGCCGUCGUCUUGCACUUGGAACUUGAGCUCCACACCGGUUUACCGAAAGGAAGCCCCGAGGUUUCGUUUCGUUCUGACCGGCAGGAACGAGCUUGGCUCGAAGAACUGGACUUACAGCUACGACCACUUGUCAAUUCUGAAGCUUUCCGAGCCGAGAGACUUCAAGAGCAUAGCUGUAACAAAACGCGGCGUUACAAUCCGCUGGAAGGCUCCUGUGGAGCGGAUGGAGAAUCCAAAGCUGGAAGUAGCCUACGAAAUCGGUUACUUAUCUCAGUACGAGCAAGAGUGGAAGGAGCUACAUAUUUUGAACAAGACGUCGGUCAUGGUGCAGGGACUCGAACCAUACACCAACUACACUUUUCGACUCCGAGCAAGAGCUUCUAAAUCAGCCAUUCCUGAACCUUGGACGGGCGCCAUUUACAUGGUGAAAGAGACUCUUCCUGAUGUUCCCUAUGGACCACCCAAGAUCUCCCCGUGCGGUUUUAAAGUUCAGAACUACCAAAGUAAGAGAAGCAUCACACUCAAUUUUGCGGCCAUUUCGAAAAAGCAGUGGUCCGGCAUAACGUUGAAGUACCUAGUGGAAUGCUGCGAGGAAAUGUCCCCAGAAGAACAAUGCGAGAACAAGACCACUCAGGUGCCGACCGCAACCUUCGAUGAUCUUCGUCAAAGCACUGCGUACAAUUUCCGGUUAUGGUCCCUCAAUGAGCACGGGAUUUCUAAGAACCAUUCCAACAUCCGCGUCGGCAAGCACGAUGAUUUGAUGAGUGCCCCACAAGACAUCAAAGUGAUGGCUCUUUCAUCGGGAGAAUACGAGGUGUCUUGGAGACCAUCAACGAGUCCCUCUGCCUCUUGGUUUUACUCGAACGACUCCUCCGCUCCGUCAAAAACGGAAGAAGCAGGAUAUGGUUCGGAGGAGGCACCACCUCAAGGAUACACAGUCUUUUGGUGUCCACGCAUGCUUCCGUGGUUCUACGGCUGCGACCAAUCUCUCGAAUGGCGCAGAGUGCCUCCCAAUGUAACGUCAACUGUACUUGAACUGGAGCCAGGCAAGUUGUACCAGUUCGCGGUGGCCGCCCAGAGCAAGCCCAAGACAUCCGAGAUGGCGUGGACGUCGUGCGUCGUCCCCGUUUCGAAAGAGUUGGGGAAGAUAAAUCGGGUUUCAUUGGAGAGGGACGGCGCCCAUUCGCUGCGCAUGCGCUGGCAGCUGGAAUGCAGCGCCCUCAAGACUCUCGUGGAGAGGUACCAGAUCGAGGUCUGUACCGUCACUCGCAAGUACCGCAACAUGGCUCUUCGCGAUGCGGCUGGGUGCAUGUACAGCAAGUACGACAUCAACAGUUGCAAGGCCUACAACGUCACCAACGCGGACGCCGAGGAACAGCUCCUGGGAGGCUUGGACACCGAUUCGGUGCACAGGGCCGUGAUCCGUGCGCUCUCCAACGGAAGACUCACGGAGGACAGUCCGGCUCAGUGCGCCAGCACGUCCAACACAGUCUGUUCGGUGUUAGAACACUACCGUGAAGUAGAGUAGGCGCACAGUAUCAUCCCUUCUUUUGAAUCAUAACAAUCCGCAUACUAUAUGGUCUCCGACGGAGUGCGGAUGUCGUCAACGUGGGACUGAAUGCCCUGUCAAGACGUGUUAUCGAGGUGUCUGCACCAGUUCAAGCAUUAACUACGCCCAGCACACACGCUCGUAUCAGA